UUCCGCACGGAUCAUUUGACCGGUCAGACCAACGUCACACGUGCAGUCUUCGGGUCUCUUAAAAUUCUCACUUAUUUUGACGAUUCUGACUUAGGAAAUAGGCUGUCAAAGUCAUUAACUGGCGAUUUAUGGCCUCCCCCGCUAAACAAAAUGACAGUGACGAUGACGACGUUUUCGCAGAAGCCUUCAAGCGCCAUAAAUACAAAAAUGCCUUCAAUGAAGACAAAUGGGAAGAGGAGUUUGAUAAAAUACCCAUGUUCAUGAAAACGGUACCCGAUGAGAUCGACCCCAAAGACUAUCCCGAGCUCGCUCAUCUCCAAGCGAUCAUCCACGAUGAAGACCGGACCCCAGAGGAAAAAGCGCACAGUUUGAAGAAUGAGGGCAAUGAAUUUUUCAAAGAAAAGAAUUACCAAAAGGCCAUAGUGGCAUACACGGCAGCUUUGAAGAAUAAAUGCGGUGACCAAGAUCUGGAUACUGUUCUUCUCACCAACCGAGCCGCUGCACACUUUCAUCUUGGGAACUUGCGAUCUUCACUGAAUGAUGCUGCAGCUGCAAAGAAGAUCAAACCGGACCAUCUUAAAGCCUUGAUUCGAGGUGCUCAGUGUUGCGUUGAGUUGCGGAAAUUCUCGACAGCCGUUCAGUGGUGUGAAGAGGCUCUUAAAGCUCAUCCUACAGAUAAGAAGUUGCUGGAGCUGAGGACAACUGCAGACAAACACAAAAGGUCAGCCGAAAGAGAUGCGAGAAAGGCCAAGGUCAAAGAAAAGAAGUUGAAUAAUGAGAAAGAAGCUCUCAUGGCUGCAAUCAAGGAACGAGGCGUCAAGCUCCUCAAGCCCGCGAAGCCUCAUCAGUCGGGUUCAGACAGCGACCAUGACGACGGGGCCUCGACUGAAAUAGCCGAGCUGAGCUCGGAUGGUCUCAGCUCUCACAAGGCCACGGGAGCUCAGGUCUUCCUAGAUGAGCAGCGUGUCCUGCAUUGGCCUGUGAUGUUCCUCUGUCCGGAACAUCAGCAGAGUGACUUCAUCUCUGCUUUCUGCGAGAACAGCAGCUUUUUCGAUCACUUUGCUGUCAUGUUUGGGGACGAACUCCCACCUUGGGAUGUGGACAGAAAAUAUCACUUGCAAAAUCUGCAGCUGUAUUUUGAGGAUGAGGAGAGGGAGACGCUCUACAAAGUUGACCCAGAAACGUCACUUUUAAAAGUAUUGCAACACAAAAGGUUUUUUGUCAAGGUUGGCACGCCCAGCUUCAUCAUUUUAGUUAAUGGCUCGACAUUCCGGAAGCAAUAUUUAACCGGAAAGAAAAUCUCGGCGUUGUGAAAAUGCUGCCCUUCAAUUUUUAUCUGAUGAAGAAAAUUGACUGUUGUGCAAAUGGGAGCAAAAAGGGCUCGCCAACCUUUUCGAAACUGACUGAGCACUACUUCAUUGAUAAGGAUGUAAAGCUUUGCUCAAAUGAUCUUUUAUAUUCAUAUUGAUCAUGUUUAUGAAUACUGAUCAGGGAAUGUUGAUCUAUAUUUGUCAAGCCCUUUGAGUCGUUUCUGUGAUUAACGGCUAGAGAAAUAAACAGGACUUUCUUUUAACCUGCUAAGAAACUGAUAAAUGUAAAGUUGAUGAAUGAAGUUUAUGAAAAAAGUUCUUUCAUAACACAGUUUGCCAGGUGCCCCUCAUCAAAACAUAUUGAAUAGCAAGAUUUGAAAAUCCCAGACCGUCCCCCCCCCAAAAAGUCAGUUGUUCAUUCAUGGUAUUGUUUAUAGUUAUUGUUUAAUAAAAUCCCAAAACAUAUUCCAA